AUGUCGAACUCCUCGGACUAUGAAGAACAACCAGACUACCCUGUGGAGUUCUACAACAAGGAAAUGUUGCUCCAUCUCUUUUAUGAUGAUGGUAUGCCGGACAGUCACACUUCCAUGUCGACUCUCAUCCAAAACAAGAUCAAGCCACUCACUGAGAAGGCUCAGAAGUGGCUCACCCAUGAGGUCAACAGAUCCAUCAUGAUGGGCAAGGACUGCACUCUUGUCUCCACCAUUGGCGGGAAGUAUUAUUGGGUGGCUAAUGAGUUUAAAGAGUGGGCGAAAAAGCUGGCUCUUCAUCAUGGUGUUCUCCGUGUUGUGACAUCUUCCAACAACUGCGUUGUGUUGCUCACCAAAAAGAAAACUGUUGUCACCAUCCUCAUCUAUGGAAACAACAGGUUCGAUCUCCACAAGCCCGCUCCCAAGGUCAUCGAGGCUCCCAAGAAGAAGGCCGCUCCAGCGAAGAGGACUCCUCAUCCCAAGAAGAGGUUUGCGUCCAAGCGCAUCGAGGAGGAGGCAGAUGAUGAUAGUUUCGAGGAAGACUAUGAGCUCUCCCAGCAAACCACUCCCCUCAAGGCCUUCUACAACUAUAAAGGCAAGUAG